AUGAACCGCGCUAUCAUUGCAGAGAAGGCUUCAUUGGCCUCUGAGAGGGCGAAGGAGUUUAUUUCCAGUGGUGGGAGUAUCGUAUCCCGCGCCCGCUCACUCGUCUCUGGCGAUGCACAAUUUUUUGCUGUGCAACCAAAACCGGAAGACCUUAGGCGUCACCUCAAUUCCGACUGUAUUCACGAAAAAAGUGUUGCCAUGAAGCGCAUUAUUGCACAGAUGUGCAAGGGCUACGACAUGUCAACCUUCUUUGCGGAUGUGGUGAAGAACAUCCAUUCCCCAUCUGUAGAACUGAGAAAGCUGAUUUACUUCUUCGUGACACAUUACGCGGAGGAGCGACCAAAUGAGGCGCUUCUCUCCAUUUCAGCCUUUCAAAAGGACUUGAUGGACCAUAGUAUGCACGUGCGUUCGUUAGCGUUGCGCAUGUUAAGCGCCAUGCGGAUACCGGCGAUUCAUACGCUUGUGAUGGUUGCGGUGCAGAAAUGUGCACUAGACACAGAGCCGCUGGUCCGAAAGACCGCAGCUAUAUCUCUUGCACAAGUUUACGCCGUCAACGGGUCCGAGGCGGAUCUGGAGACGAUAUAUUCUAUCCUUCAGCAACUUCUAGCCGAUAAAAAUUCGGAAGUGGCUGCUGCAGCCGCACUUUCAUUUGUGGAGAUAUGCCCCCAUGAAGUAAGUUUCAUCCACAAAGUCUACCGUAACCUGUGUCGUGUCAUCGGUGACUGUGACGAGUGGGGGCAAGUGGUACUGAUACACGUGUUGCUUCGCUACGCGCGAACACAGUUCUGUGACCCAAACGAACAGACUGGAAGACGCGAGCUGAUAAGCGAUUCAUCAGACGAAGCUGAACAAAGUAAAAAAAAUAAGGAGAAUGACAAGGAAGAGGGUGUAAAUGAUGCAAAUGAUGGAGAAAGCUCUUCCGAAACGACCUCUUCCUCCUCCUCCUCCUGGGACAGAAAAAUGCUUGGCUUACGCCGAGGGGGGCCCAAUGCAGCCAUGCUUCUUGACUCUGAUCACCGGCUGCUUCUUGACUCUGUGAAACCGCUUUUGAUGAGCCUCAACAGCGCUGUUGUUGUGGCCGCUACCGCUGUUAUUUGCCACUGUGGCCCCAAGGCGGACAUGGACGCUUGCACUCUCCCACUACUUCGUUUGCUGGCGGGGCCUGACGAGCGGCACUCGGUCGUCCUCAGCACCAUUCAUACUAUUGUACUGACACACGCAGAGCCUUUCGUGCCAUACAUUAGGGAAUUUUUCCUCAUGCCACAAGAUAAGAGGGAGAUACGCAUCCUCAAGCUGAGUAUCAUCUCUAAACUCGCUACGGCUAACAACUUCCCGGAUCUCUUCCGCGAGUUUCGUCACUAUACCCGCAGUUAUCACGUGGAGCAUGUGGUUGAUGCUGUCAGGGGACUAGGCCUAAUUGCUGUGCGACUUUCUUCGGUGUGUACGUCGCAGGUAAUGAGGGUGGUGUUGCCUCUGUUGUCCCACAAGAAUGCAGAGGUUGUGUCUGAGUCUAUCAAGGUGUUGCAAUUGCUCGUAGUACAGGGCAACAGCAGUGGGCGGCAAACUGCACGACUCGUAUACCGUCUGUUGCAAAGGGUAAUAAAGGGCGAGGUUACCAGCGACUCCGCCAAGGCCGUUAUAUUGUGGUUGGUCGGUGAGAACAUUCAACUUCACAAUGUUAUCGCCGCUGCGGCACCGGAAUGCUUUCGUAUACUCGUGAAAUCCUUCAAGACAGAAGGCUCUGAGGUGAGGAAGCAGGUGCUCAUGCUUGGGUGCAAGAUAUGGAUGUUCCUUGAUGGAAGUGGGGCGGUGGCCGAACGAUUUAGGCAACUCUUUUUCUACCUCAUUGAACUUGCAAAUUUUGAUGACGACUACGAUGUGCGUGACUAUGCACGACUUGUGGGUUGUGCUGUGGACCGACAGAGUGCAACAUUCGAAGGACUAAAGCGCAUGCUUCUUUUUCGCGAAAAAAAGCAGCCGCAGUCGAGCGAUCCGUAUGCUGAGCAUACCCACUAUGAACUGGGCAGUCUGUCUCAUUUCAUUGGUAAGCCUUUCACUGGUUAUCAUCCCCUUCCGCCUUGGGCAACGGUGCCCUCCGAUCCACUUUUACGGUUACCUCCUGGAUGCGAGGUGCGCGGUGACGGGGCGGAUUCGGGUGAUGACAGCAUGAGCGACGACGGGGAUGAUGACGAUAGCUCAAUGAUGUAUAGUGACAAUAGCAGCGACAGUGGCACAUGUAGGGGCAGUGGCAGUAGCGACGCCUCCACUUCGGUACACAGCAGUUAUACCGGUGAUGACGGCUACUCCUCAACUGACGGAUCCCAACAGAGGGGCGGGAACAGCACCAGCGAUGAAAUGGGCAGAGGUGAUGACGAAGAGCAACGAACCCCAGCAGAGGAGGCAGUCAUACGGCCAUCGGAUGCGUCGAGCAAGACGAACAUAACAAAUAUCGCCGCAGAAGCAUCUGACGCUCCCAGACGUCCUGUUGUCAAAGUUACCGUACGACGUCUUGGAGCUCCCAAGCCCGCACCCGAUUCCAAAACAGUCCCCACUGAAACUGAAGGCGGAGUCGCUGCGGCUGUGACGCUAGAGAAGGAGGGAUCACGAAGCGGAGGCACUCCCGGUGCUUCCAGUACAACGGCAGGUAAUAAUGCGGUUCGAGAAGUUAUUAAUGACAAGACAACUGCCUCAGUGGAGGGGGGAAGUGACAGAGCACUGGACACACCCACAAGGGAGGGUAGUGGUCCCGCGGAGUGA